UUACAAAGAUUGGAUAAACUUGCCUAGUGUAUUUAAUUUUUUUACUUAUACAAAUUGUGUAGUUCUUUAGUGCUCUGUUGUAACAAUUGAGCAAAACUAUCAACUGUUCCAUUUUGCUUGAAUAUAGGAAAAGGGAAGCAUAUAAAACCGACGUAUCAAAGACACUUUUGGCAAGUGCGCUAGCGAGUCGUUAGCCAAGUUGACAUUUGUGACACUUUUAAGCCACAAAAAUGCCACACUCGUACCGCUCGAAUCUUGACCUGUUGCUGUCGAAUGAGAUGUUUUGUGUGUGUACCAUUGAGUCCUCUAAAAGCGCACUUAACGGAGACCAUUUCCUCUGUGAACGCCAAGCUACGCUGAGAGCGGAGGUGAGGGUGGGUUGCAGCAGCGCAUCAUGGACCACCCGAGGAGCCAACAGCAACCAGCCGCGUCGACAGCCCAUCUGUAGCAUCAACAUGGCACAUUCCACGGAGGGGACCAAAGACCGGAGAGGAAGCGAAAGUGGUGCGGCUGGAGGUACCUUAAUGGAGAACGGCACGGUCAGCUCCGACAACCAUAACCACCACCAUGAACACAGCAAGCCCCCCCUCAUCCAGCACUCCCUGCACUAUGGCAACCCCCAGCAGGGAUCCGAUGAGCAGGACCUGGACCAAGACAGCCUAGCCUCCCAGGACUCUGGCAUCCCUACCCUGGAGAUCAACCACCCCGAGCACAUCCACUCCCAACCAGGAGACUGUGGCCUUACCCUGGGUUCCAACCACAACGACCAGGGCCCUGCUACCCUCUCUCUAGACCAGUCUGGAGACAGCGCUGGUCUCCGCAAGUCCUCCACCUUCCCCCGCAGUGGCUACGACUCGGUGCGCCUCUUCAGCCCCGCCCCAAGGUCCGGAGCUGGCGGCGUGGGAGUUGUCACCACGGGGAUGGGCGGCAUAGGAGGGGGAAACCUUAACCGCAGUGACGACAUUUCGGUGUGCAGCGUGUCGAGCUUGAGCACGGAGCUCUCGGCCACACUGUCGGCGUCCAACGAGGACAUCCCGGACUUCAUGGUCACCUCCGACUCCAGCGCCAUCGUCACCCUGGAGACGGACGAGGGCGACGCCGCCCAAUUCUCGGACGUCACUCUGUCGUCGUCGCCGGGCGGUGACAUCGGAGGGGAUCUGUGGAGCCCACGACGGAGACCGCUGGGGUCAGAGGAGGGCAGGCCCAAGAGGCUGGGGCCACUGGCUAGCUUCUUCAACAGGAGUCUGUUUGCUAAGAAAGUGAAGGACACUGUGCCAGUGGAGCAGAAGGACCCAGGCUGGAAGCUGUUUGGUAGGGUCCCCCCUAGAGAUGGGAGGGACCCCCCUAGAUGGGAGGGACCCCAGAAAAUACACAAGGAAUGUGAAAGUAACACUAGCAGAGCUGGACCUGGACACAGUCCCUCGUCUCCUAGACAGAGUGUCAGGAAGAACCUGGACUUUGAGCCCAACUCCACCACAGCACUUAUACUGGAGGCUCGCCCUGCUAAUCUGCCAGCCAAGCCUGCGGAGGAGGCCCAGAAACACAGACAACAGUAUGAGGAGAUGGUGGCCCAGGCCAAGAAGAGAGAGCUCAAGGAGGCCCAGAAGAGGAGGAAGCAGCUGGAGCUCAGGUGUAAGGUGGAAGAGAGCAUUGGCAACGCCGCCCAGACCUGGAACCAGGAGAUUCUGCCCAACUGGAGCACCAUGUGUAACUCUCGGCGGGUCAGGGACCUCUGGUGGCAGGGCGUGCCCCCUAGCGUCAGGGGCAAGGUCUGGAGCCUGGCGGUGGGCAACGAGCUCAACAUCACUCACGAGCUCUACAACAUCUGUCUGGCCAGGGCCAGGGACAAGUGGAAGUCUAUGCCUACAGAACCAGUGACUGAAGAUGCAGGUUCAUCGCUGGCGGACAGAGAGGCCAGUCUGGAGCUGAUCAAGCUGGACAUCUCCAGAACCUUUCCCCAUCUCUGUAUCUUCCAACAGGGAGGUCCGUACUACGACGUGCUGCACAGCAUUCUAGGAGCAUACACCUGCUAUAGGCCAGACGUGGGCUACGUUCAGGGUAUGUCGUUCAUCGCGGCGGUGCUGAUCCUCAACCUGGACACGGCAGACGCCUUCAUAGCUUUCGCCAACCUCCUGAACAAGCCCUGUCAGAUGGCCUUCUUCAGAGUGGACCACAGCCUUAUGUUGACCUACUUUGCGGCUUUUGAUGUGUUCUUUGAUGAAAACCUACCUAAGCUGUUUGCACAUUUCAAGGAAAACAAAUUGACCCCCGAUAUUUAUUUAAUCGACUGGAUCUUCACCCUGUACAGUAAGUCACUGCCAUUGGACCUGGCAUGUCGGGUGUGGGAUGUGUUCUGUCGUGACGGAGAUGAGUUCCUGUUCCGGGUGGCCCUGGGAAUCCUGCGCCUGUACGAGGACGUGUUGACCCGCAUGGACUUCAUCCACAACGCCCAGUUCCUCACCCGCUUACCCGAUCACAUCCCCCCCGACCAGCUGUUCUCGCACAUCCACGCUGUCCACAUGACCAGCAAGAACAGGAAAUGGGCACAGGUUCUUCAGGCCUUACAGAAGGAGCAGGAGUGGAUCAGUCCAGUUCUAAAGCGCUGAGAACAACGGUCAUCCAGGAGCAAAACAACAGACUGUAGCUCAUUCUCUAACACAGUACUCUACCUGACCCCGUGAAACACUGGACCCUAGCCCAGGUCAGGCUGUGUGAAGGAGCUGCCCUCCCUGGGAUGGAGCCUACCCCAGGCUCAGAGCACUCUGGGCUGGGGACAACCAGCCACUGUGGUCCCCCUAGAUGUGAGUCAUGGAGCAGAGACCCUGGAGGUCUGGAACAGACUGGGGUGAGGGGUGACUAGGCCUUAUUAUACAUGCUGUGCCCCCUGUCCCAGAAUUAAACCAGGCAGAAAGAUGCUCUCGAAUGUACUGUAUUCUGCCACAUGUCUAUAGCAGGGAUACUAGUUACCCAACUGGACCUCCUCUCUUUCUCACUCCUCUUUUUCUCUUUAUAACUUUCCCACUAUUUUCUCUCUUCUACCUCUCUAUCUCUCUCUUCUACCUCUCUAUCUCUCUCUUCUAUCUCUCUCUUCUAUCUCUCUCUUCUAUCUCUCUCUUCUAUCUCUCUCUUCUAUCUCUCUCUUCUAUCUCUCUCUUCUCUCUCUCUCUACUCUCUCUCUCUCUCUCUCUUCUCUCUCUCUCUCUCUCUCUCUCUCUCUCUCUCUCUCUCUCUCUCUCUCUCUCUCUCUCUCUACACUCUCUCUCUCUCUCUCCUACCUCUACUCCAAGCCUCCGUUGUCGUUGGUCAUUCCUGCAAGUCAGCUGCGAUUUUUUUAUCAUGAGGCUUUUUUGUUUUGUUUGGACUGAUGUGGUUUCCGUGUGUUUCUAAUUAGUUUGUCUUAGUUGGUUCCCUUUGUUUCUGUACCAUCCAAUGAAGGAAAGGCUCCCAGGGAGAAGACGUGGGCGUUUUGUUGAUUUGGGGAGAAUGGUUCAUUGACUUAAAAUGAGAGGGGGGGGGUAGUCAAUAAAUGUGUAUUCUUAUGAAGAUUCAACUGAAAUACAACAGAUUGUAUUUUUUGCGUGUCGUGCCGUUAAAGGUUUACUUUUUUAAAUUAGUGUUUUACUCUUCAAAGAGGAAAUAAGCUGCCUGAAAAAAAUGAAUGAAGUGAUAGUUAAUGUCUUAUACAUCCCCAAAGGUGGUUAAAGUGGAACAGCAAAGGUAGAUUAGGAGGAUCAAUAUACUACAGUAUAUCACCUGCCUCCUUUUUCAUUUUUCAUGGUAAUGAUUUUCUGUUGUCUUUGUUUCUCAUUUAAGUGUCAUCUCUUAACAUGGAGACAAUCUCUUGAUUUGUUGUUAUGUUAUAAUGAAGAAGAAAAAGUUAGGCUAACACAACAAACCUCACUGGUAUCGUCCCAUUUGAUAUUAUCCACUUCAGUCACCCCCUCCCCCAAACCAUUUGUACCCGUUUGGUUGAGAAGCUGCUUAGAAGACUCCAGAAAGGAAAACAGAUUGUUGAUGAUUUUAUUAUCCCUUCUAUCAAUAAUGAGGCAUUGCUGGUAUCCCUGUUGUCCUCAGAAUGCCCUUUCCCUAUUGGAUGUGCUCACUCGGUAAGUGCUGUAACCCAAUCAGAAGCUGUCAUACUUCAUGGUGAUGAGCAGAGUGUAGCUCAGAGGUGUUACUCUUUUUCUCUUCUCCCAUAAUGCUUUUAUUAAUGUAGAUAAAGGACCUGAGUCAUGUUUGCUCUUGUUUUCAUGUUUCUGAACACACCAGCCUUGGUUUAGAUGUGUGAGCUCAAUGGGAGGGUGUCGUUCAGAAAGAGGCUUUGGUUUGGUGUUCAGUUCACAGAUUCUACUACUACUUUCAUGUCUGCCGGCCACCAUCACCUGCCAAAAAGAGACGACCUCAGUAGAUGGUUCUGAAUGUGAUGCUCGUUUCAAAUGCAGAUACCGUACUAAAACCCUUCAUACUCCAGAGCCCUCAAGCAUUUAGUGAUCCCUUUGGGUGUUUGGCACACAUCGAAGUGCACGCUGAGAAGUGUGCGUUAUUCAGGAAGCCGUAGCAACAGGAUGUCAGACAAUACCCCUUGUCUUUUCACCUCCUCACCCCCCCUGUGCACGUAGUCAUUCUGAUCACUAUGAAGACCGACGCACUCCUUCCCCCUGCUCUGCCUAUGUGGUGAAUACCACAGUACUGCAUUCUGCACAAUCACCUUCUUUUUGUUUAUCACCAUCUGCAGUUUCACACCAGUUUUGUUUUUGUUGGGUUUUUUUGGCUUGUUGAGUACAUUCUCUCACUAUAUUGGUGUCCCUCACAACUGAUUGAGGACCGUGUGUUUGUGUGUGUGAUUUGAAGUGACAUUUCUUAACAACAAAAAGACAUCCCCUGUUAGUGACUGUGUGAAUGUUACAGGGUUGAGGAAUGUGUGUCCGACAUGGCCUUACCCAGCCACAAUAAUCAAUCAGUAAGAACUACAGGAAGUAGACUCACCCCUUUAAUCACAGAAGUGCGCCCUGGGAAGUAUAAAUUACGGUAUGUCACUGGUCUCCUGUUGUAGAUUCAUUUUAAAUACAGAAAUGAAAGACCUCACCAUUAAAUGUAAUAAUGAAGGCCAUAUGAUUUGUACUCUUUCCACGUUACCUGAUUUUCUUUUAAGCUUUGUUUUGUAUUGUCAGUUUGAUUUGUCUCUGUGACAUUUCCAAGUCACCCUUUUUGGUUGCAGAGAACUGGAGUGUUACAUGGGUGGGAGGGCAUCAGGGUCAAAACUGGAAAUGGAUCUCACUUGAAGUGUACACGGAGUAUACCAAACAUUAGGAACACCUUCCUAAAAAAUUGAAUUGCACCCCUUUUGACCUCAGAACAGCCACAAUUUGUUAUGGAUGUCGAAAGCGUGAUGCUGGCUCAUGUUGACUACAGUGCUUCCCACAGUUUUUUUUUUUCAAGUUGUCUGGAUGUCCUUUGGGUGGUGGAACAUUCUUGAUACACACUGUUGAGCGUGAUAAACCCAGCAGCGUUGCAGUUCUUGACACAAAGCGGUGCGCCUGGCACUUACUACCAUACCCCUUCAAGGCCACUUCAAUCUUUUGUCUUAUCCAUUCACCCUCUGAAUGGCACACAGACACAAUACAUGUCUCAAGGCUUAAAAAUCCUUCUUUAACCCGUCUCCUCCCCUUCAUCUACACUGAUUUUUGAUUUAACAAGUGACAUCAAUAAGGGAUCAUAGCUUUGACCUGGUCAGUCUGAUGGAAGGAGCAGGUGUUCUUAAUGUUUUGUGUACUCGGUGUGUAGCUACUGUUUUACUAAAUAAAGACGUGUACAUAUACAACCUGA